AUGGCGAUCUUGGUGUGGUCCACGUCAAACCUGUCCAAACCGAUGGCAAUCUCAAGUGUGGUAUACAUCACACCCGCCCAAGCAGAUUUCACCCACGAUUUAUCGAGUCUGCGAGCAAGUAUUCUUCGUCUUCGCUAUUCCGGGCACGAAAUUGACUUUGGCCCACCUGACGACGCGCUACAGACGUGCCUACGCACGAUUGAAGUUCGAGCACCUGGAUUGCUUGCCCACGACGCUCGACAAAUACCAACCGCCAAAGGAAGCGGCAAGCUGAUAAAGGAAGAAAGGAAGGAAGGCGAUUAG